GCUCCCGAUCGGCGGGGCGGCCAAAGUAAAGAUGGCGGAUUUGUUGUCAAGGAGCGAGCUGUCAGAGGAGAAAGAAGCAGAAAUUGAAUUUAAGAAGAGACAGAAACGGCCGUGGGAGGAUUUGAACAGGUCAUCCAAGCUCGGCAUAAAUUCAGGACUGCCGGAGACGCUGGGGUUUUAUGAUAUAAGUGCUGCCAGGAGGGAGAAAGCAGAACAUUCAGCAGAUCCGUCGCUGACUCGCUUCAUUUGUACAGAACUCACCAGAGGCUACUUCCUGGAGCACAAUGAGGCAAAGUACACUGAGCGCAGAGAGCGAGUUUACACAUGCAUGCGUAUCCCCAAGGAGCUGGAAAAGCUGAUGAUCUUUGGCUUCUUCCUGUGCAUGGAUGCCUUCCUGUAUGUCUUCACCCUGCUGCCCCUCCGGGUGCUGCUGGCUUUGCUCCGCCUCCUUACCCUGCCUUGCUGUGGAUUCAGGGCACACACAUGCCCCUAUUGCAGAAGAAGCAGUGGGUCCCGUCUACUGCAGCCCGCGCAGGUAUGCGAUAUGCUGAAGGGCCUGAUCCUGGUGCUGUGCUUCUCCAUGAUGCACUACGUGGACUACGCUAUGAUGUACCACAUAAUCAGAGGACAGUCAGUCAUCAAACUCUACAUCAUCUACAACAUGUUGGAGGUGGCAGACCGGCUGUUUUCCUCCUUUGGCCAAGACAUCUUGGAUGCCCUCUACUGGACAGCUACAGAGCCCAAAGAAAGGAAAAGGGAUAGUUUGGGCGUUAUUCCUCACUUCUUGAUGGCCGUCCUUUAUGUCUUCCUUCAUGCCAUCCUCAUUAUGGUCCAAGCCUCCACUCUUAACGUAGCCUUCAACUCUCAUAACAAGUCCCUGCUCACCAUCAUGAUGUCCAGCAAUUUUGUGGAGAUCAAAGGAAGUGUGUUCAAGAAAUUUGAGAAAAACAACUUAUUCCAAAUGUCCAACAGUGAUAUCAAAGAACGCUUUACCAGCUACGUCCUCCUGCUCAUCGUUUGUCUCAGAAACAUGGAACAAUUCUCAUGGAACACAGACCACCUCUGGGUUUUAUUUCCUGACUUCUUCAUUGUCAUCACCUCUGAAGUUGCUGUUGACACCAUUAAGCACGCCUUUAUCACCAAGUUCAAUGACAUCACGGCAGAUGUGUACAGCGAGUACCGAGCCAGUUUGGCCUUUGAUCUCGUCAGUAGUCGACAGAAGAAUGCUUGUACAGACUACAGUGAUUCAGUUGCUCGGAGAAUGGGAUUCAUCCCCUUACCUUUGGCAGUUCUGCUUACCCGAGUGGUGAUGAGUUCAGUGAAGGUGCAGGGAGCACUGUCAUGCACGUGUGUGUUCCUGUUUUAUCUUGGGCUGGUUACGCUUAAGGUGCUGAACAGCAUUGUGCUGCUGGGGAAAUCCUGUGUUUACGUCAGACGGGCCAACAUGGAGGAGAAACUGUUUGAAAAACCCUCUAACACACCGUCGUCUGCCGGGAAGAGCCCCAGCAAAGCUGACCAUACCAAAAGCCCCGCCCCCUCAGGUGAAUCCAGAAUGGAGCGGCUCCCUACGACUCCUCGCAAUACGUCAUCCUCGCCCACCUUCUCCUCCCCCUAUGUCACCACCCAGCCAGCUCCCAGGACUGAGUUGGUCCCAGGUUCAGCUACUGAACUCUCCUCCGCUGUUCCACCUAAUCGCCCACCGACUCCACCGCCUGAGCCCGAGCAACCUGUACCCUUGCAGUUGAAAGAAGACAGGGAGGAGGAAGAGGAGGGGAGGGGGAGCCCUCUGAGCUCAAGCACAGGACUCCCAAAAAAGACCUGCUGGAAAUAGACCGUUUCACGAUCUGUGGUAACCGCAUUGACUGAGCACCGUCUUCAGCCGUUGUAGUGAUUAACCACUCAGGGAAAUGAGAACAAAAGCUGAGUCUGCUGGCCGACCGCAGCGGGAAGCCGAAUAUUUAUUGAAGGUCAUUAAGAAGAGUAAGUUAUUGUGGAUAUUGUGGACCUAGCCAUGAAGAGUGGAAGAACCUGUGUGACUGGAGUCCCAGAGUAUUGUGUGCGUGUGUGUGUGCGUGCGUGCGUACGUGCGUGUGUGCAAGCAAUUCAGGUAUAUAAGCAGCACUGGGACCAGCAGGG